UUUGGGGCGUUUAGGGUUUGUUUUCUUUCCCACCGUUUGCUUGCAAUAGACUUCCACUGAAUCGCCACUGAGAAACUGCCACCAGAUUAGUGAUGAUAGGUUAGAGGCAUCGACUCAACCUUGGGUCUCUAGUGUUACGGGUGUUUCAGCAAUAAUUUCUACGGGUAUAAGAAAUUUCAGGUGUGUGAAUCAGAUGAUUAGCAGUUAAGAGAGUCCGAGUCCGUGUCAACUUUGGGUCUCUGGUGUUACGUGUCUUUCAGCAAUAACUCCCACGGUAUACAAAAUUUCAGUCUAAGAAGAGGGGGCUUUCGUUGGAGGAGAAACGGGAGCAAAUGCUUCAAAUAUUUUAUGAGAGCCAGGACUUCUUUCUGCUUAAGGAGCUAGAGAAAAUGGGUCCUAAAAAGGGAGUGAUUAGUCAGUCUGUGAAGGAUGUGGUGCAAAGCCUGGUGGAUGAUGAUCUUGUCUUGAAGGACAAAAUUGGGACUUCUGUGUACUUUUGGAGUCUUCCAAGUUGUGCUGGGAACCAGCUGAGGAAUACUUACAACAAGCUGGAAUCUGAUCUUUCAAACUCUAGAAAGCGUUACAUGGAGCUUGUUGAACAUAGAGACAACUUGAAAAGAGGCCGGGAAGACUCUGAAGAGAGGGAAGCUGCUCUGGAGGGGCUGAAGGCUGUAGAGCUACACCAUAAGAAACUCAAGGAGGAACUGGGUGCAUAUGCAGAUAGUGAUCCAGCUGCAGUAGAAGCAAUGAGGGAUGCUAUUGAUGUUGCUCAUUCAGCAGCUAACAGGUGGACAGACAACAUUUUCACUUUGCAACAAUGGUGUUCAACCACAUUCCCAGAAGCAAAAGAGCAACUUGAACAUAUGUACAGGGAGGUUGGGAUCACCGAAGAUUUUGAGUACCUGCAGUGAUGUCCAACAGCCUAUUACAGCAUUGAAUGUGCCGCAGAAUGUUGGAUCUACCACAGAUACAAGUUUAUCAUGUUGCUGUUAUGUGAGCAGUUGUCUGCAGUAAAUAGUUUUAGUAUCAUUGAGAUGUUUGGCAACAAUGACCCAACAAUGUGGCCACAUUCAUGUUAGGGAUUAUACUAUUUCUAGAUGGUACCAAGUAGUCUUUCUCCUGCAAUGCUUCAACACUUUAUUAAAGCCUCGAUUUUAUCGAAUGUAUAUUUCUUUGCUGAUGAUGGGAA